AUGCAGUUGAAGGAAAUAAAUGAAAGCACAGUCAACAGCUUGGAAGAAAAACAAAAGAUGGAGGAGGAACUACAAGAUGAGUCCAAGGAGGAAAAAAAAAAAAAAGUAAAAAAAAACAAAAAAAAAAAAAAAAAAAAAAAAAAAAAAAACUCCAAAGGAGAAAAAGAGGCCAUGAAAAUGGAUAAUAAAGGGGAGUCCUCAAAAAAUAGGAAAGUGAACAUUAUGGGCAUGAAAAAGAAGUUCUCGAAAAAUGGAACAUUGCAAGGAGAUAGGAAUUCGACAAAGCGAAUUUCUGGUGUUAGCCAUGCCAGUCGUGUCAGCAACAUUAGUGACACUAGCUGUGGUGAAAAUUCUAUAAUUGCUCAUGACGAUGAGGAGGAAGAAGAGGCCAGUAUCGAAUAUGGAAGUGAGGGCGAAAACACCAGUGAUUUUGGUAGCCUUGAAAAUUUUUGCAGAAAAAAUGAGCUGAACGUGGAAAGCUCAGAUGAAGAAGAAGCGGGAGCAGAAGCUGGAGCAGAAGCUGGAGCAGAAGCUGGAGCAAGAGCAGAGGCUGGAGCAGGAGCAGAGGAUGGAGCAAGAGCUGAAGCAGGAGUACAAAUAGAUAAUGAGGAUGACCAAGAAAAAGAGGGAAAACGAAUUGAUAUGGAUUAUAUGAAAGAGUACCUAUAUUCGAUGAGUAAUAAAGCCAGAUUGAGCAAGGUGGUUAAGGUACUUUCCAUUUUUAGAGAUAGUUUAAAUAUGUUUAUUAUUGAUGAGGUGGAGGAUGAUGACAUGACAAGGGGAGUUCAUACAGAAGGUGAAAAUGAAAAAAGGAACAAACAAAAAAAAGGUUCGAAGAAACAAACCAAAGAUUUUAAAAAACAAUAUGGAACAAAAUAUGUAAUGAAUGUGGACACAUCCAUUUUUGUCAUUUUCAAUGUUCUAUAUAAUGUGGAUACUAUUUUUUAUAAUAUCACAAAUGAGGGAGAAUUAAAAUUAAAAGUGUGGAAUUUGGAAAGUAUUAAAAAUAAUAAAUUAUAUCAAGAGGAAGGCAAAAGCGUACGGGGACAAGGGAAAAAUAGUGUUUCCCAUAAUGAACACUAUAUGGAAGCUAUUCAAAAUGUGGAAAAGGUGGAAAAUGCGGAAAAUGUGGAAAAUGUGGAAAAUGUGGAAAAGGUGGAAAAUAUGAAAAAUAUGCAAAGUAUGCAAAGUAUGCAAAGUAUGCAAAAUUAUAAACAUAUUGAAAAAUAUAAAACUCUUGUUAUUCACUUUUUCAAGCAUUUGCUUAUUAAAAUAAGAAAAUUAAGCAAUAGUGAUAUAUGCUCAGGUAUUAUAAAAAUAUUAAAAAAGAAAAACAUUUUAAGAUGGAUUGUAAUGUUAAACAUGGGGAAAAUAUAUUUAAGAAAAAUGUGUAAAUUGUUUAUUUUUUCUAAAAAAAGUGAUAUUUAUUUCUUUUUAUUUCUACUAAUCCAAAACAUAUUUCAGUUGUACAAUGAGAAAAAAAAAAUGAUGUUUAACAAUAUAUCGAAACCAAAGUAUGAAAAAAAUGUAGAAAUUAAAAAAACGUACCAAAUAGAGAGACUAUUAUUUGAAGUGUACCAAAAAUUUAUACAUACUUAUUUAAUGCAUUACGGGAUGAACUACCAAAAUAUUGCCCUUUUGAAUCACAUGAAUUUUAAAGAAAAUUGCCUUAUCGAAUUGUUCACAUACCUCUCACACGACGUAGCUUAUACCAUAGCGUUCAGAUAUAUCCAGAUCAUUAUCCAGAAAAUUAGAGAGGAGUUCAAAAUAACAUUUGAAGAUAAUAAAAAGGGUGAACGAGAAGGGAACAAUUUGGGUCAAGGCAGUGCAAGUCAUGUCGCGGAGAAGGACAAGAAGAACAAGAAGAACAACAACCACAGCAGCAGUAGCAACAAGAACAAGGACAACUACAAAAAGAACAAGAAGAAGAAAUGUGUUUCAGGUUCCCCUCUGACAGAUUUUAGAAUUUUCCACCUGCACAGCAGCUACAUGAUUUUACUUCUCCGUUUUUUAACAAAAGUCAUAAAAGUGUGUCAGAAUUUGGACAAUUUGACGUAUGGACUAACAAUAUUAAUUAUUGCCAUUUUGAAGACCAAAAUUAAUAACAUGAAAUUUGUACCUGUAAAUUUACAACUAAUUAAUUUCCUAAUUCGCAUAAUAGAAGAUAAAAAGAAAUAUAUUCCUUUGUUUUCUUAUUUUACAUGUAUUUUAAAUGGGUUGAAAUCGUAUCAGCAUGUUAGAACGAUUUCCAAAAAUCAACAAGUCCGAUUGAGUAUUGAAAAUUUUAAUAUCAACACAAGUCUAGAAAUUGAUGAAAAAUUAAUAUCUGAUUUUUCUAUAGCACAUCAAAUAUAUGAUAAGUUACAUGUUGUUUUAUGUGAUUAUGUUGGGAUUAUGGUUCAUCAUAUUUCUUUUCCUGAAUUUUUCUUUGCAAUCGAAUCAUACUUGAAGAAAUAUUUUUCGGAAUGCAAAAUACAUGCAUUCAAGUUAAAAAUUAAGAAUCUACUUAUCAUGUCCAAAAAAUCAAUUGAAAUAAUUCAGAAAAAGCGAAAAAACAGAAACAUUUACACCACACAUGAUAAAAUGAUCUUUUUUGAAAAUGAAAAAUUACCACUCUCCAACCAUAGAUUGACUGUUCUUGAAAAUUAUGAAAAUGCUAGCCUCACAAAAAUUAAGGCAAGAUUAAGUGGAUUACAAAAUAUUAAAAAUAUAGACGAAGAUCAGAAUACACAAGAAGAUGAUUUGCAGAAAGGGAAGGACAAACCUGACAAGAAAGACAAAAAAAGGAAAAGGGAAAAUUUACAUUCUGAUAAUAUGGACAAGGGAAAAAGGAACAAGUCAACUGACGAUUCUGAAGUUGCACCUAAGGAAGACAAAGUAGAGGUUUUCUCCAUGUCCAGCGAGGAGGAAGGGGAAGAAGGUGAAGAAGAUGAAGAAGGGGAUGAAGAUGAGGAUGGGGAAGAAGAUGAGGAUGGGGAAGGUGAAGAAGAUGCUGAUAAAGAUGCGGGGAAAGAUGAGGAAGAAAAUGAGGACGAAGAAGGACGAGAUGUAUAA